AUAUCCUACUAUGGAUGUGCAGCCCAGGUGGGUGGAUUCUUAGUUUGUAUCGUGGCCGAGGUUUUCAUGCUGGUUGCAAUGGCUUAUGACCGCUACGUGGCUAUUUGCAAUUCCCUGUGCUACAUGGUGGUGGUGUCUCCACAGAUCUGCCUUCUGCUGGUGUCCCUCACGUACUUCCACAGUCUGACCACAGCACUCACUGUCUCUUCCUGUGUAUUCUCUGUGUCCUAUUGCUCUUCCAAUGUAAUCAACCAUUUUUACUGUGAUAACAUCCAUUUGUUGCCAUUGUCCUGUUCUGAUAUUUACAUUCCAGAAACAGCUGUGUUUGCCUUUUCAAAGACCAAUUUGUUUUUCUCUAUGAUUAUUGUUCUAAUAUCCUACUUCAACAUCAUCCUUGCCAUUUUGAGGAUACGUUCCUCAGAGGGGCAACGAAGCUUUUCCAACUGUGCGUCUCACGUGACGGCUGUCACUGUGUUCUACGGGACUCUUCUCUUCAUGUAUUUGCAACCGAAGACCAACCACUCAUUAGAUACAGAUAAAAUGGCCUGGGUCUUCUACAUGCUAGUGAUAUCAAUGCUGAAUCCCCUCAUUUACAGCCUAAAGAAUAAGGAUGUGAAGGACGCAUUGAAGAGAUUCUUGGAUAACCCAUGUUAA